CCCGUCAAGUUCUUGGAGGGCGAACCCAUUCACGACUUGCUCACCAUCUUCGUCGCCGACAAGCUGUCCGCUUACACGGCGUUCUACGCGACGCACCGGGAGUUCGUCGACGGCCUGGGACUGUCGCACGAGCAGAACCUCCAGAAGAUGCGUCUCCUGACGUUCAUGCAAAUGGCAGAGUCGCGCAAAGAGAUCCCUUUCGACGCCAUUCAGACGGACCUCCAACUCGACCCAAAUCAGGUCGAGGCCUUCGUCAUCGACGUUCUGCGCACGCGUCUGGUGCGCGCCAAAGUGGACCAAUUGCAGCGUCGCGUCAACGUUUCGUCAACAAUGCACCGGACGUUUGGUCGCUCGCAGUGGCAGACAUUGCGCGACACUCUCCAGAAGUGGUCGCACAACUUGGCGCACGUCCAGCACUCCGUCUCGUCGGCCAUUCACUCGCAGAUGACGUCAGACGCAGUCAUUCCCGUCUAACCAAUCAAUAAACUCUUUGCUAAUUAAAGUUUUUAUUCAAUAACUUAUUUUAUUAAUCAGUGAAAACGUAUCAAAAAUCAGCUGAUCUUCACUGAGAUCUUCAUCAGGGCUUAAGAUAUCGUAAAAAGUGUUGAAAUAAAGUGUUAUAUAAUGACUGAAUUUAAAUGAGAA